UUACGUAAAUUCUCUUUAAAGCAAGUCUUUGCUCCUCUCCUUUUUCUUAGCCUUCAAUUCAACCCAUUCUCUCUCUCUCUCCCCCUCAAAAGAAGAGAACAUGUGGAAGACGAAGACACCAAUUCUCUGUUUGCUUAUCGCCGCCGCGAUCUCGGCGAAGCCAUCGUCAUCCGCCACAGACACCUUCGUCUAUGGCGGCUGUUCUCAGCUGAAGUUCUCACCUGCCUCCGCCUACGAGUCCAAUCUCAACUCUCUCCUCUCUUCCCUCGUCAGCUCCGCCGCUCUCGGUCGCUUCGCCAACUUCACCGUCCCCGGCGGAGGAUCCACCGUCUACGGCCUCUUCCAGUGCCGGGGAGACCUGGACGCGGGGGCGUGCUCCGCGUGCGUCUCACGCGCCGUCUCGCAGCUAGGCAACAUCUGCCUGGACGCCUGCGGUGGCGUGCUUCAGCUCGAGGGCUGUCUCGUCCGCUACGACAACGUCUCGUUCCUUGGCGCGGAGGACAAGACGCUCGUCCUCAAGAAAUGCGGACCGAACAUCGGUUUCGACGGUCAGGACGUGUUGACCAGGAGAGAUGACGUGGUAGGUUCGCUUGGGUCCAGUGGUGGGUCCUACAGGGUGGGUGGGACCGGAGACGUACAGGGUGUGGCUCAGUGCGUGGGGGAUCUCAGUCCGAGCGAGUGCCAAGAUUGCUUGUCAGAGGCGACAGGACGGCUCAGAUCCGACUGCCCCAUGGCCAAGUCGGCUGACGUGUACUUAGCCAAAUGCUACGCUCGCUACCACUCCGGUGACUCCGGCUCCUCCGGAGGUGGCACCGACAAAGACAAGGAUCAAGAUGUGGAGAAAACGCUAGCGAUAAUCAUAGGCAUCGUUACCUUAACCAUAUUGCUGGUUAUCUUCCUUUCUUUUAUUGGGAAACAGUGCCGUAAGUUACAAGAUGGAAAGUAGUGAUCUAAAAAUAUACCAAAUUAAUGGGAAAACGGGGAAGGAGAUCAUCAAUCACAAGCGGAGCUGCAUGCUACGACUUGCUUUUGUUGUGUGUGUAUAUAUAUGUGUGUACGUUCAUAUAUAUAUAUAUAUAUAUAUAUACAUACUGUCUUUUUUGUAUGUGCAUGGAAGAGUCACUAUAUAUAUUAAAGGAUGGAUACAACUAUAGAGAUAGAGUGAUGGAAGCCCCCACCCAAUUGCUCUCAUCUUUAAUCGUCUCUUCUUUUGGGUUGAUGAGACCUCAUCAUUUAUUUUGUAUUUACUUUUUGCAUCUGUUUCUCUAAGAAUGUCACUUUCUUUCUCUUC